CUUCCUGAUGGAGCUGCUGCUGUGAGGAAUAAAAAUACACUCCUAGCAAGCCAGCUAGACGAGUUAUGAAAAAGUUAUGUUUUGCUAUCAAGUGGACAGAGAAAGAAUGUUUUUAGUAAUGGACGCUAUUCCUCGGGUUUCCAUUCAUGAAUAGUCGGAAAAUAUCCCCAUGUCGAGAGAACCGGCACUGGUGACAAGUCAACUGCGAAUGUGAGUUACUAGCUGACGUGAGCUGGUAAUGUCAAUAACCUUACCACCCGCCGAUAUGAUUGAAACGCCUCCUGGAUACCCAUUUGAAGAAAUCAAUUAUGAGAAUAUUGAAGUUGAGGAGGUGGUGGGAAGAGGAGCUUUUGGGGUUGUAUGCAAAGCCAAAUGGAAAGGCAAAGAUGUUGCAAUCAAGACCAUCGAGAGUGAAUCAGAGAGGAAAGCCUUUAGUGUUGAGCUUCGACAGCUUUCACGCGUGAAUCACCCCAACAUUGUGAAGUUGUAUGGUUCCUGCAAAAGUCCGGUCUGCCUAGUGAUGGAAUAUGCUGAAGGCGGGUCAUUGUACAAUGUGCUGCACGGCGCUGAACCCCUCCCCUAUUACACUGCCUCCCAUGCCAUGAGCUGGUGUUUACAGUGUUCCCAAGGCGUGGCCUAUCUCCAUGGCAUGAAACCAAAGGCUCUCAUUCACAGGGACCUCAAGCCACCCAAUCUGCUUCUCGUGGCAGGCGGCACCGUACUGAAGAUAUGUGACUUUGGAACAGCUUGCGACAUCCAGACCCACAUGACCAACAACAAAGGAAGUGCAGCAUGGAUGGCUCCGGAGGUGUUUGAAGGCAGCAAUUACAGCGAGAAGUGUGAUGUGUUCAGCUGGGGGAUCAUUCUUUGGGAGGUGAUCACUCGCAGGAAGCCCUUUGACGAAAUCGGAGGACCGGCUUUUCGCAUCAUGUGGGCUGUGCACAAUGGGACAAGACCUCCUUUAAUCAAAAAUCUGCCAAAGCCCAUUGAGAGUCUGAUGACUCGCUGUUGGUCCAAAGACCCAUCACAGCGGCCGUCCAUGGAGGAGAUAGUAAAGAUGAUGAGUCAUCUAAUGAGGUAUUUCCCAGAUUUUAAUGAGCCACUGCAAUAUCCAUACCAGUAUUCAGAUGAUGGGCAGAGCAACUCUGCAACUAGUACAGGUUCAUACGUGGACUACACCGGCACCAGCACAAGCAACAGAAGUGAUGCAAACAUGGAGCACAGUGAUUCUCAAGGGAGCAGCAACGACACGAUCAAGAUUACUCCUCAGUUUGCACCUCAUUUUAAGCCAAAGGGAGACCCGCUGCGGACUCUUCCUCUGUCCAGAGGGGGCAGUGUUGAGAGUCUGCCUGCUCGGACUCAGUGCCUGGCAUCAUCCGACAGCAAAAGAAUGAGCGCUGACCUGUCAGAGCUGGAGCCUAAGAUGCCCUUUGCACCUACAGCACCCCCACAGUUUAAACGAGGCCACCGUAAAACCGCAUCUUUCGGCACCAUUCUGGAUGUCCCCAAGAUCGUCAUAACAGCCACAUGUGAGCCACAGAGACGUCGCUCCGUGCAGGAUCUGCCAGGCAUCAGCUCAGAGUCCAGUCAGGGGAGCAGGAACAGCAGCCGUUCCUCCAGUCCUAGUGUGAGGAUGAUGCCACCUGAUAAGACGAGCGGCAGAGGUUACUUCUCCCCCGAGGACCCCACAGACACUAACGGCUCAGACAAUUCCAUUCCCAUGGCAUAUCUGACCCUGGAUCACCAGCUGCAGCCCCUCGCUCCCUGUCCCAACUCCAAAGAGUCCAUGGCUGUGUUUGAGCAGCACUGCAAGAUGGCCCAAGAAUAUCUGAAGGUGCAAACAGAGAUCGCCCUGUUGAUCCAGAGAAAGAAGGAGCUGAUUGCGGAACUGGACCAAGAUGAGAAGGACCAGCAGAACACAUCCCGUCUGGUGCAGGAGCACAAAAAGCUGCUGGAGGAGAACAAGAGUCUGUCCACGUACUACCAGAAAUGCAAAAAACAGCUGGAGCUGAUCAGGGUCCAGCAACAGAAGAGGCAGGGCACGUCGUGAUGACGCCCACAGACAUGACAUGAGCCACUACUGUCCCAAACCCAAUCCCCCCUCCUCCCUCCUCCCCCUCUACAUGCUCACCCCUGCACUAUAACACUACACACCAUCCUCACUCACACAUACACACACUUUUUUCCAGAGACCUGCAUUCUACUGUGUCCUGCAUGUUGACGUUCUCCUGUACAUACAUUUGCACAACUGUCAGUGUGAACUCUGUGACCACAGACCAAAACAAUCACUGCACCCCCGUCCUCCUCCUCCUCCUCCACCCCCCCUCACUUCCUGCUUCAGGACCCACCUGUAAGCGUUUGGCCCCCCCAGCGGAGCGACAAGUGCAGGUUUUUUGGUGGUGUGGUGGGUUUUUUUUCUCCGUGUUUUCUCUCAGGGCCUGUGAGUGCUGCCUCCUACUGGUCAGCGCAGCCACACCGUCCUCUAGAAUGUGAAAACCACGACGAAAAGCGGCUCUUCAGCAAGAAAAAAGUGUGAUAUGCAAAAACACACACACACACACACACACACUCACUCCCCUUCCUUUACAUGAACCUAUUUAUCUAUAACCCUCCCCCCUGUUCUAAUCACGAGCAUGAGCCCAUCCACAGCUUCACCUCCUCUGAUCAGAGAGGAGAUGCACUUGAUGUCAGAGGAGUCGUCUGACGUCCGUAUGAACCUGAACGCAACGUUCAGUAAACAAAAAAAAGGACGUGAAUACAGAGAUCUGUGGAAUACCAUGUGAUUUUGACUCCAGUAUUGUUUUAUUUUGCGUGUCAAUGUUUUUGUCUUUUCUAUUCAGUAGUUCACUUUGUACGGUAGCUGCGAUAGGACAUAUUUUAUCUGGUCAGGGGGCUCCCCUCCCCCCACACACGUGAGAAGAGACAGGGCCUACGCUUCUCUCUGUACGGAAUCUAGUUUUGAUUUUAGUUCACAUGUUGCCUUAGGAGUUGCCUGCAUUUUAAGUGCUUGUUUUAUUGUAACAUAUAGUGAAAGCUGAAGGAAAAAAAAACAAACAAAAAAAACACAGACGGACAUUGAAUGCAACAGGAAUGUAUGUCUGUAAGAUGACAAUGUAAACGUUUGCCACCAGCUUCACAUGCAAACCAGUGACAAAAGAAGGAUUUGAUAUCAUACAUGUAAUGUUGUGUCUCCGGUGUUUUUUUUGCACAGUCGCCAUUUCUUGUUUGGCCGCGUACAAAUUUUAUUUCUCCUUUUUAUCAUUAGACAAUAUUGUGCUUUUAAAAGUUGGACGACUGAACAGUUCAAAACUGUGCAGGAGGAAAGAAUCAGCAUUUUCCUCAUCACGUGCACGCUUUUUUAAGUCAUCGGGAAAUGAGGUGCAGUAUAUGCGACAAUGGGCGAGGCAUUAUGAAAUAAACUGAAUAGUGAAAAGA